AACUUGCGUAAAUAACUUGGGACGGAGUUGCUAAACACUGCCACGAGUGAACUWGACCGAUUUCACAGAUUUAAACCUGGUUGUAGUCAUUUAAAAGCAGUCAUGGCUUCAGAGGAAGGAUUUAAGGUAUCAUCUUUGAAAGGCAAAGUGACUCUGAUCACAGGUGCCAGCUCGGGCAUCGGGGCAGGGACAAGCAUCAUGUUCGCUAAGCUCGGUGCCUUGCUCGCAUUGAACGGGCGCGACGUGGAAAACCUCACCAACAUAGCCAAACAGUGCACGGACCUGGGUGCUGCGGAGCCCUUGCUUGUACCAGGGGACCUGACUAACGAGGACACCGUAAAGAAGACAGUGGAACUGACCAUUGCCCGCUUUGGCCGGCUGGAUGUGCUGAUCAACAGCGCUGGCAUUCUGGCCAUGGGCAGCAUCGAGACAGGUGACCUGGCUCAGUAUGACAAGGUCAUGAACGUCAACGUCAGAUCAGUGUACCAUCUGACUCAGCUGUGUGUGCCACACCUCAUCAGGACUAAGGGUUCUAUUGUCAAUGUGUCCAGUGUCAACGGGCAACGAUCAUUCCCAGGUGUCCUUGCCUAUUGUAUGUCCAAGUCCGCUAUUGACCAAUUCACACGAUGCAUAGCACUUGAGCUAGCGUCGAAGCAAGUGCGAGUGAACUCUGUCUGUCCUGGUGUGAUCAUAACAGAUGUCCACAGGAGAGCAGGGCUGGAUGAGGAGCAGUAUGCUCAGUUCCUUGAGAAGUGUAAGCAGACCCACGCCUUGGGGAGACCAGGUGAGGUGGAGGAGGUGGCCCAUGCCAUAGCCUUCCUGGCGUCAGAUGCUGCCACCUUCAUUACCGGGGUCAACCUACCUGUGGAUGGGGGGCGCCACGCCAUGUGUCCAAGAUAAUAUCCUGUGACAUGAUCAUUGACUGGCAGCCAAUACAAACCUGAACUGUCUCACUUGGUUUGUGUCAUUUAAAAAAAUAUCUAUUUUGAGUCUAGACGGACAGAAUAUAAUGAAAUGUAGAGUAUGGCCUAGUCUAGGGCUAUAAAAGUGAAAUAAUGUCAAGAUCCUUUAGUUCUUCUGUUUUCAACUAGAUGACUAUAUGCUUAGAUGGGAGAUUGGGUUUCAAACUGGAACAUGAGUGCCCUCGUGGUGAAGAUGUGAAGUGUAACAGUUUUUACACUUUAAAAGGGAAUCCUUUCAUAUUUCAGUUGCAAUAAUACGUUAGCUAUUUUACAACAACAACAAAAAGCCUCGGUGUAUGCACUAUGAUAGUAAUGAAUUCAAUAUUUUAUUGACAACUUUUAUUGAAUACUAACUCCGUUCAAGRUGUCUUUUGUAGCUAACAAUUUUAAAUGUUAAAACGCAAUGAUCUUCUUGGGUUUCAAAUAUUUAUUGAACACCUGAAUGUUGAAGAAAAGGAAAGUGAAAACUAGAAGCUGCAAUAUUUUGAAGCAGACAGAGGAUCUGCAAAGAUGAAUGAAUGAGCAUUAUAACCACUAACAUCUAUCCCUUCCCCCUAAACAAAAAUCUGCUGUCUCACUCAGAGGUGUUAAAGUAAUGAAAGAAAUGCAAAUGGAGAGCUCUGAGUUGUGUGAUGAGAGGUAUUCUGAGUUUAUGGUUGGUGUGAUGAGAGGUAUUCUGAGUUUAUGGUUGGUUGGUCUGUAGAGUAUCACAAACAUGGUCAACAAUAAC